AUGAUUCACGACUGCACGAAGCGCCAUGAAAAUGGGGAAAGACUGAAGCAGAGCUGGAGAUCCGGAAUCCGGGGUAGAGGGCUCCUAGUAGAAGUGGCCGAUGAACAAUAUAUCCACGAUAUUAUCGCAGAAUCUCCGUGUCGCCAUGGCGCAUGGGGUGAUGGAUGUCGAGAUGCCGAGUUUGUGCGAGGAAAGCUUGUUGAUGCUGCUGCUGGCGUUGCUUGUUCGGUUUGGAGCAAGACGCGAUGA